GAGGUGCGGGGGGUCCCUGAGCCCGUCCUUGCUUGAUAGCUGGCACUAGCUGGUAACACCUAGUUUCCGAGAUAUUGCAAAGUUUCACUGUGUCCGUUUGUUUCAACCUAGGACAACUGACCCUACGUGUUUUAAAAAAAUAUAAAUUUACGGCAAUGUAGGUCCCAUAGUUAUGAUUUUUUUUUUAUAGGUUAACAUAAAGUUACAGUUUGCUAUAAUAUUAUUUUUAAAGCAAAAUAUGCGUACAAUUUGCGGAAAAAAAAUAUAAUAAAACCCUGUUUUCGCCAAAAAAAUGAAGAAAACUCGGAAGGUAUUUUAUCAGUUUUUUCAAAUGAAUCUUCGAUUGUUAAUCAUUCCAGCAGGGCUAAGAUGGUUGGCUAUUUAUCAUUUGUGACCAUGCCUGUCACGUUCUAACAACGAUGUAAGUGCGAAAGUGACGGGCAUAGUGACAAGCGAUAAAAUUGGAACCAUGAUGCCACUGCAGCCCCUCGUACGAGAUAUGUUGAAUCAAAUUGUAGUCAUUCAUGUACCAAAUGAUUCUAGUUUACAGCAAAAUUGAAAACCGAAACGCCACAUCUCACUGCAAAACUCAUUAAAAAAGAGGUUUAAAAGAGAAAAUGAAAAUUUGAACUGUUGGAGCCGCUAGUUUAGGAAACGAUUAUUUAAGUACGUUUUUGAAUAAAUACUAAAAGUUAGUCGUAAUCUUGAAUGAAAAAGGAAGCAUUUUACAAAAUACGCUCGUCUGUAGGAAUAAUGUGAUCUCAAAUAAUUGUCUGUAAAUCUUUGUACUAGAUUGUUAUUUAGUUAUAAGACUGCUGCGCCCUUGCAGGGUACAUAUUAUGUAAUUUUGUGUACUUAAUAUGAUUGCAAUAAAUGCUUUGUCUUGUCUUGUCUUGUCUUAUACCUUACUCAUCAGGAUUUAUACAGUAUACACUAUUGGUUUCUAACAAUCUAAAAACAUGGGUAAUAAUUGCCUCGGUUUUCUCUCUCAGUCAACAUAACAGUCCGAGUGUUGCCGUGGUUGUUUGAAAAGGUGGCUACACACGAAUGUAUGUGGUCGCCACACCACUUUUAAAGGAAACUAACAUUAACACUCAUCAAUAAGUAGUCAUAAAUUGGAACAAGUGGAAAAGUAAAAAGCACUAUUAGUUCGCGAAAUCCAACUUUCCGCACGCUAAAACAGCUACGUAACACUUUUUGAGCAACUGUAUUAAAAAAAAAUUGUUUCAGUAAUUUAGAAACUGGCCAUUUGCAAGUCUGGACUAUCUAUAUAUGAUCUAUAUGGAUGAUUUCUUUUUUCCGGUUCAACUUCAACCCCCACAUACCGCGACCGACGUUGACGUAGACUCCACACUCGCACAACUUCACGGCGAUUUCGCAGUUUGCUUCGCGGCAAGAUGGCGCCGAAGCGUCAGCUGAUCGGAUUUAGUUAGCGGCAAGGCACUGAUUCAAACUGGGAACUGUCAAAUUGAUUUUUGGUUGAUCAAGUUCGCACCCAAUAGCCAAGUAGCCGCCAUAGAAGGUUAUGACGGUUUACAGAUUAACCGACUCGUGAACGAAUCGCGGCGCGAAGCGAUCGCGAGUGUGGAGUCUUGCAAGUUGGCGCUUCGCGUCUCCUUUGACGCGGGCUAAAUACCGACAAAAAACGGGGAAUAAGGCGCGAAGGCGUGAACAAUAUGCGAAAUCGACGCGAGGGCCCUCCACACUCGCGUUCGCGGCUUCGCGCCUCACUUCGCGCACGAGUGUGGAGGGCCCUUUACCAUGCAAACUUCUGCUUGUAACGCACUUCCGCCUCUUAACACUUUUUUUUAAGCUUUCCUCCACAGAAAACAUAUAUUUUCUGUGGGUUCCAUAUUCGAAGCAUUCACCUGUCCGUCCGUCUAUUUGUUAGGUUAGAGGAUUCUAUCUCAAACAUGGUAACUGUUCCUGUUACGGAAGUAGAUAAAGGACAAUAUUCAAACUUGUUAACGGCCUUUAAAAAAAUGAUCAAUUGAAGUAGCAAGCUCAUGGACUAUUUGUAGCGCUUAAGUAUUAAUACUUGGUAUUACAAGCGCUACAGGUCACAACCUUUAAAUUACCUGUGUAAACAUAGGUGCAUUACAUUACAAUAUGUUAGGUACCUAAAUGACGUGAGUUUGACUGACUUGAUUUCUCAUUAUCAUUUGCACUCAGUCGAAGCAGCAAGAGCGUCUUUAUCUCAUUUAAUUUUGAAACCUAUUAACUUCUCAAAGUUAUGGAAUUCCCCGAUUUAUAUAGAAAAGUUGCAUUCCUUUCCAAAAGGGACGCAAAUAAAGCCUUAGCAGAAUUCACCUUUAACAACAGAUGGAAGGAAAAUGCAUCUAUCAUUGACAUUGGAAGUGGAGACGGGAGCACGACUAAAACUAUUUUGGAAAAGCAUGCGACACCCAGUUAUAGUAAAAUAGUGGGCUGUGAUAUAAGUCCGCAGAUGGUUAAAUACGCGAACGAACAUUUCAGGAGCGAACACAUCGAGUUUAUGCAAUUGGAUAUUACAAAGCAAUUGCCACUGUUCCUGAAAGACGCCUUUGAUCAUGCGUUUUCUUUUUAUGUGUUUCAAAGGAUCCAGCAACAGGAGGCCGCUUUCUCGUUCAUCUAUAAUUCCUUAAAAGAUGGAGGUAGCUGCCUGCUUAUCUUUCUCGGGCGAUACCCCGUUUACGAUGUAUAUCGCACACUCGCUCGCAAGGCGAAGUGGGCUGAAGACCUUAAAGAUGUUGAGACCUUCACGUCACCCUAUCACGAUUCUCCGGACCCCAAGAACGAUGUGAGAAAUAUAAUGGUUUCAAUCGGCUUCAAAGAAAUAGAAGUGAAUGUAUUUGAUAACACGCAUACAUAUAACGAUGCAAAUACUUUCAAAUGCUUGGUUAAGGCUGUUAACCCCUUUAGUACUCUGAACGAAAGAUGGGAAGAAUUUAUGAAAGACUACUUUGAGGUGGCACCAAACGCUAUAAAAAUGGACUACCAACUGAUUGUAGCCUACGGCAUAAAAUAAUUACGUGCACGUUAAGGCGCUACGCGCCGUUUUUGUCGAAAACCUGUUACUUUUCAGAUGCUAUUUCUUCUAAAUGGGUCAACAAACAAUUAUGGAAAAAAAAUCUAUAUAUAUGUUUUUUCCAUAAUUUUUUAUAUAUAUAGAAUCUUUAUUUCGAACUAUGUAAGUCCAUAGAUUGUAAGUAAUACAACAAUCGCAACAUCUGACUUUUUUCCUAAAAUUUCUAGUUUCAGCGUAAAAUAAAUAAUAAUACAGGCCAUUUUGCGGCUAACUUUGCUUAUUUCUACUAUACGGCUAAAUCGAUUAAAAUUAUUUUUAAACAAAUCAAAGAUGUUUUAAAUUAUGAUACUAAUGAGCUGCAAUGUAACUUAAUCAAUUAUCUUCAUACACACAACAACGCCCUGACAACGCCGCAUUCCUUGCAACUUCAUUGUUGUAGGUGGCGUAGUGUAGGUACGAGUAUUAUUCUUGCAUUUUAACUGUCACUCACUUACUAUAUACCUCAAUGCACUCACUACUAUUCUAAACCAGAAAUCGGCGUUGUAGUGUAGGAAAUGAAGUGAGGUGUGUGUAGUAGUGUAAGAUAUAGAUAUACAUAAGUUGACGAUGUAUGUUGAGUUAGUUACAAUACAGACGCUCGCGAGUAA